AUGAAUGUUGUUACUUUGAGGAGUGGAAAGCAAUUGGAAGAUCCUCCUACCAAGGAGACAUCACAGGAGGUCGUUGAAGAAGUAGGUGCAAAUGAGAAAGAAAUUGACAAUGCUAAGGUCGAGGAUGAAUCAAAGGAAGCACCUCCAAAGCCACUUGCCCCGUAUGUGCCUAAAGUUCCUUUUCCUCAAAGGUUAGCCCAAGAUAAACUUGAGAAAAAGUUCAAAAAGUUAGAAGAGAAUACUACAGUUGCUUUGAAUGCAGAGUGCAAUGCUAUUUUGCAGAACACUCUCCUUAAGAAAUUAGGAGAUCCAGGUAGCUAUUCGAUUACAGUGAAGCUUGGGGAUAUCGAAAUUAACAGGACAUUGUGCGAUCUUGGUGCAAGUGUGAGCCUCAUGCCACUGUCCAUAUGCAAGAAGCUGCAAAUGGGCGAACUCAAACCCAGACGCAUAUCUCUGCAACUUAUAGACAGGUCAGUGAAGUUUCCUUUGGGUGUACUUGAGGAUGUACCUCUUCGAGUAGGUAAGUUUUUCAUACCCUGUGAUUUUGUUGUGAUGGAAAUGGAAGAAGAUGUGAAUGUUCCAAUUAUACUCGGUAGACCUUUCUUAGCUACUACAGGUGCAAUUAUUGACAUGAAGAAAGGUAAAAUACUUUUGAAGUAG